AUGUUCAUCGAUCAACUCAUCAGCGAAUUAGCGCAAUACACCAGGGAAGGUGACAAGAAACCCCAGCCGGAUACGCUCAAGCCAUUGAUGCUGACUCUGCAUUGUCUGUUCCCCAAUGACUUGCUCCUGGCACUCGACAUCCUGGACCGCAGACUUGUGCGGCAUUUGGUGUACACCGUCGAAGAGGACGUUUCUCCCACAUCAAACCCAAACAUCUUCCUCGUCAUGUCAGCCUCAACAGCCCCUUCAACAGGGGGUUCUCUCUCAUCAUCCACCUUCACCCAGCAUCAAAAGGGCUACGAAGUGCGCCUGCACGCCUGGAAUUGUACGUGUCCGACAUUCGCGCUCUCUGCAUUUCGCGAAGCCAGACCGGCGGCAGAUGCUGAAACCACGACUCCCGAGGUGGUGCAAGACCAACCCUCGGAGAAGAAUCUCGCGUAUCCAUUUGGGGGCACUCUGACGCGCCCUACGGCGGAAGGCGCACCCCCGAUCUGCAAGCAUAUCUUGGCCUGUGUGCUAUUUGCUCGCUGUCCAGGGCUCUUUGCACCUGACGAGGAUGAGCGAUGUGCCGUCUCGAUGGAGGAAUUGGCUGGAUGGUGUGCUGGCUGGGGUGGGUGA